UAGCCGGUUGCGUAUUUCGGUGUAUUACUAAAGAAAAUUGUGGAAAAUAUAGAUUAAAAUUAAUUUGUAGUGUUAAAUUAUUAUAAAAAAGCGGCUUGUUACUUUUAAUUAUAGAAAUGGCCAAACUCGACGAAAAAAUUGGUUUUAUUGCUGGCGGCAACAUGGCAUUUGCCAUUGGCUCUGGCCUCAUCAAUCAAGGCAUUGUUAAAGCUGGACAAGUAUUCGUCUCUGGUCCAAACUUAGAAAAUUUGCAACGCUGGCGUGAUAUUGGAGUAGCAACCACAGAAGACAACAAUGUUAUUGUAGAAAAAACUGAUAUUAUAUUUAUAUGUGUAAAACCCCAUAUAUUGACACCUUGCGCCAUGCAAUUACGGAAUAAUCAUACAAGAACGGCCAAGGAUAAAGAUAAAUUGUUUGUGUCUGUGUUGGCUGGAGUUAAUUUAAAGGACUUGGAAGAGAGUUUCUCUUUCAUAGAUUGUUUGAAAAUGAUUAGAACUAUGCCCAAUACACCCAUGCAAGUGGGUGAAGGUUGCACUGUUUAUACAGCUGGCUCUUAUAUAGUGCAACAGGAUUUGGAAAAAGUCCACUUAAUGUUGAAUUCUCUGGGUAUAGCCCAACAAGUACCCGAAUCAAUGAUUGAUGCCGUGUCGGGGGUAUCUGGCUGUGGCCCUGCCUUUGUUUAUACCAUUAUCGAGGCUUUGGCAGAUGGUGCUGUCAAAAAUGGUGUUCCCCGACAAAUGGCAUUGCAGUUUGCUACACAAACUGUAUUGGGAGCUGCUAAGACUGUUAUGAUUACGGGUAAACAUCCCGCCGUAUUAAGAGAUGAAGUUUGCUCUCCCGGCGGUGCCACCAUUGUGGGAGUACAUGAAUUGGAAAAAGGAAAUUUAAGAUCUACCCUUAUGAAUGCUGUUGAAAAAGCAUCCCAGCGAGCCGCUGAACUCGGACGUAAAGGUAAAUAAGUCAACUUUGGAUUAAUUAUAUGGCCUUCGAGGUUUCUAAUAUAUGUUUUAUGUUGAAUAAAUAAAAAAACAACUGUUUCCAUUUUUGGCUUGAGGCUAUUAACAAUAUAAUAGUCCUUCGUUUUUAAAAAUUUCAAGCUUAAACUACAUAUAACUAAAAA